AUGAAGGAUGUCAAAGGCAACCUGGAAAUACCAAACGCUGCAGAAUAUUUGCUAGAAGGAAAUGAAAUCAUGAGUGUAAUUGACCGGGACGGAAUCACAUAUGAAUUCAUAGCCUCGGUGCGGGCAGAUGGAAGGCGCUCUUUGACUCGUGACUGGCGCACUUUUGCAUUGACAAAGGGUCUUCGAACUGGUGAGUUGCUAAGGAUUUAUCACUCAGGGAAUGAGAAUGAGAAUAUUUUUGCCGUUCAGGCUGGCCUGGAAUUGCAUGGAGGUCAGUACAUAGUCUGGGAAACUCUGUAA